AUGAACUCAACAACUGGACAAGGGCAAUCAUCAUGCAGAAACCACGGGGAGGAUUUCGGGGAGCCAAUUGCCGUCAUCGGUAUGGCAAUGCGGUUACCAGGCGGUGUUCGAUGUGGAGAUGAAUUUUGGGAAAUGCUUGUGAAGAAACGAGAUGGCUUUUGUGAAGCGCCUCCCUCGCGCUGCUCUAGAGAGGCCUCUAGCAGUUCUGAUUGUGGAGAUCUGGACGAAAAGAAAAAAGGGUUCUUUUUGCAAGAAGAUCCAGCUUGUUUUGAUGCUUCAUUCUUUUCUGUUCCUCCCCACGAGGCGGCACGCCUAGACCCCCAGCAACGGCUCUUGCUAGAGGUGGUUUGGGAGUGCCUGGAGAACUCGGGGGAGACUAAGUGGCGCGGUGAGAAAAUCGGUUGCUUUGUGGGGGUUUUUGGCGAAGAUUGGCUAGAAAUGUCGCAUAAGGAUCCCCAGCAUCUGAAUCAGAUAUAUCCCAUCGCCACCGGUGGGUUUGCGUUAGCAAACCAAGUGUCGUAUCGGUUUGAUCUCCUGGGUCCGAGCAUGACUAUACAAACAGCCUGCUCUUCAUCCCUGGUCUGCCUGCACGAGGCCUGCCAAGCACUUCGAUCUGGAGAGUGCUCAACAGCUCUAGUGGGCGGGACAAGCCUUAUAUGGGGCCCAACCAUGACAGAUGCCAUGACCAAAAAUAUGGUUCUGUCACCAAGUGGUAUCUCCCAUACCUUUGAUGCUGAAGCAGAUGGCUAUGGUCGUGGUGAAGGGAUCAACUGCAUCUAUCUAAAACCAUUGCGGGACGCGCUUCGUGACAACGACGCUAUCCGUGCCGUCAUCCGCUCCACAGUGACCAACCACGACGGCAAGACCCCUAACUUCUCUCAGCCAUGUCCUAUAUCUCAAGAGAGGUUGAUCCGGCACGCCUAUCAGAUUGCAGGGAUUGAAGCCAUCCAGGAGACACCCGUUUUUGAAUGCCAUGGGACUGGAACAGCGGUCGGCGAUGUCAUCGAAGCAUCGGUUGUUGCAAAGAUGACCCAAGGAGAAGCAACAUAUAUCAGCGCGGUCAAACCGAAUGUCGGUCAUUCUGAGGGUGCCUCAGGCAUCACCAGCAUCAUCAAAUCCAUUUUAUCCUUAGAACACAAGACCAUUGCACCCAAUAUCCAUUUCGAAACGCCAAAUCCCCAAAUUCCAUUCACCGAGGCAAAUCUCCACGUACCCUUAGAACCGACUCCGUGGCCUGCUGGCAGGCCCGAAAGGAUCAGCGUAAAUUCGUUCGGUAUCGGGGGAUCCAAUGCCCACGCAAUCCUGGAGUCCGCCUCUGCGACCUCUCCAAAGGCCCAAGUCACAUCGCUUGGGCUUUCCAAUCCACAGCUCUUGCUCCUUUCUGCGCACACCGCAGACACUCUUGGCAAGCGCAUUGGACAGAUCACCGACUAUGUACAGAAUCACCCAGACUGCCUGCAUGAUCUUUCGUACACUCUGGCUGCGCGACGGUCGCAUCUUUCCCAUCGGACUUUUGCCGUGGUGCAGCCGAGUAAUCCAACUUUAGAUGAUACAGCAUUUUCGAUCUUCAAUGCCAGUUCCCCAAAUGUCACCUUUGUGUUCACAGGCCAGGGAGCUCAAUGGCCCGGGAUGGGGCUAAGGCUUUUGUCUAGCUUCCCAAAGUUCAAGGAGGAUAUUAGAACGAUGGAUGCAGCGCUUCAACAGCUACCUGAUGGCCCAAAUUGGUUAUUAUAUGAUGAACUAAGCCAAGAGAGUUCUAUUUCUCGGGUCCACGAAGCUGAGUUCUCUCAGCCUCUCUGUGUUGCGCUUCAAAUUGGGCUGGUAAAUAUCCUUGGGAGCUGGGGAAUCGAGCCAUCCACAGUUGUCGGGCAUUCGAGCGGAGAGAUUGUGGCCGCGUAUGCCGCCCGAGCUAUCUCGAUGACAACUGCUAUCGUCCUAGCAUUUUACCGAGGCAAAGUCGCACAACCGCUUGAAGGCCGAGGAGCUAUGGUGGCCGUUGGCCUUUCCCCGGACGAAGUGGAACGAUACAUAACACCUGGAGUGGUUGUUGCCUGCCACAAUAGUCCACAUAGUGUCACUCUAUCAGGAGAUAACGACUCGGUUGACCGUGCAAUUAAAUGCAUCAAGGCGGCAAACUCAGACACACUAUGCAGGCGGCUUACGGUUAAAAUUGCUUAUCAUUCUAACCACAUGAAACAUAUUGGCUCUGAAUAUGAAGAUCGUAUCUCUACUCAUAUCGAACAUGAGCACGGAAUGAUUCCUUUUUAUUCCAGUGUAACUGGCGACACGAUCACCGACCCUCGCAAACUAGAUGCAUCAUACUGGCGACAGAAUCUGGAAUCACCGGUAUUGUUCACAGAGGCUAUCCAAAGUUUACCUACUAGUGGAACCCCGGUCUUCCUCGAAGUUGGGCCACACUCCGCCCUCGCUGCCCCUCUACGACAAAUCUUCCGGACUCUGGCGGCGAGGUCACCAGUAUAUAUUCCCACCCUAUUCAGGUAUGACGAAGAUGUUCAAGGCCAGCUACUGCAAACAGCGGGAAAGGCCUACGCGAGUGGCAUGGGAGUCAAUCUGACAAGCAUUAUCGAGUGGGGGAAUAUGUUGACGGACCUUCCACCUUAUCCUUGGCAACAUGAUCGCUCCUACUGGAGCGAGAGUCGACUGAGUCGGGAGUGGAGGCAGCGCAAGUUUCCGCAUCAUGAAAUACUCGGUUCUCGGGUUCUCGAUACCACCGAUCAUGACCCUUCUUGGCGUAAUCUAGUCACGCUGGACAAUGUGCCCUGGCUCUUGGAUCAUGUAAUUCAAGGAGCUGUCGCAUUCCCUGGCGCUGGAUUUGUUUCAAUGGCAGGCGAGGCAGUCCAGCAGCUGUACCCCAACAACGACAGUUAUUCGGUGCGUAAUACAACAUUUAUAACGCCACUGCUAUUGCAUGAGGGCGAUCAGAUCGAGAUGGUGACUAGCCUCAGUCCGCUCGAAGUAGCCGACAGGGUCCCAUCUGGCUGGUAUGGCUUCAAAAUCAUGGUCCAUGACGGAGAACGAUGGACGAUGCAUUGUCAGGGUCAAGUAAGAGCAGGGUCCGAUCAUCCUCCCAAGCCAUUCCCCAUUUCUUGCUAUAAGCGGGCUGUGUCGUCUGAAGGUUUAUACCGAGUGCUUCAAAGAAGUGGGAUAGAUUACGGCACUCAAUUUCAGGGCCUUGAGCAGAUUACAGCCGAUCCCACCGGGCCGAGGGCAACUGCAACUGUUGUGGGUAACCGCGGGCUGCCUGGGAGCAGGUAUUCGCUGCACCCUACGGCGAUUGAUCAAUGCCUCCAACUUAUGGGUGUGGCCUGUUCCCAGGGUUUGCUGCGGCAUCUGACAACAAUUUAUGUUCCAGCUAUGAUAGAUUCGUUGUUUGUCGGCCCAGGUGGUCCACCUAUGCCAGCAAGCGCCCGAACCAAGAGCGGUACAAGGGAUGGCCAGCUAGGCGAUGCCAUUGCAAUGCUUGGUGAUCGGGUUGUACUAUCUAUUCAAGGAGCUUACCUUUUCGCCUUGGAAAAUGACAAUAUAGAUUCGGGAACUGGGCUCGCGGGCUCAGUAAGCCAUCUUGAGUGGAAAUCGGACAUUAAUUUCUUGCCUUCACCAGCACUUUUAUCUACACCACAUGAUUAUACAUCGCAGGGCAUGAAUAUCAAAGCCAUCGGCCAACUUUCCGCGCUUUUUGUUCUCGAGACAGCGGAGAAAAUUCGACAUUUCGACCCAACUUCAUCACAUCUCGCAAAAUGGAAGAAAUUCAUUAUGGACGCAGCUUUUAAUAUCAAAACAAGUGGACAACAAUCUAUCUACCCAGAGUCGCCUCAGUGGGCAUUGCUAAGUUCCGCAGACCGACAGGAAAUGAUACGAAAGGUGUCAGCGGAGACAAAUUUUACAUUUGAUGCUCCACUUGCGGAUUGCUUGCAGGUCGUCUUUGAUAACUGCAUAGCAUUUACAUCUGGAGAAAGCAGUCCACUGGAAAUCCUCAUGAAAGACAAUCUGCUUCACAACUUCCAUGCUGCGCACACACAAUAUGCCGACUGGAAGCCCUUCCUACCGUUACUCUGCCAUUCCAGCCCAGGCCUACGAAUACUUGAGAUUGGUGCAGGAACUGGCUCUGCAACUGCCAUGGCUUUAGAGCUUCUCAAAUCCACGAGUGGGGAGCGUAUGUACGGGCAGUAUGUUUUUACUGACAUCUCCUCGGGCUUUAUGGCUGCGGCAAUAGAGAGGUUUGGUCAUGAGCAGUGCAUGGAAUACAAAGUUCUUGAUAUUACCCUAGAUCCCCUUGAACAAGGGUUCGAACCUCAUAGCUUUGACUUGAUCAUCGCUUCCAAUGUUCUCCACGCCACCCCCAAUCUUCACUCCGCACUUCGUCAUGUGCAUUCCCUUCUAAAGCCUGCUGGACGCUUCCUACUUCACGAGAUUAGCCUAGAAAUUUUACUUGCAAAUUUCACCAUGGGUGUAUUUCCCGGUUGGUGGCUGGGGGAAGAUGAUGGCCGAGCAGAGCAACCGUACAUCUCACCGGGGCGAUGGGAUCGGGAGCUACGAGCUGCAGGUUUCACUGGAGCAGAUGUAACCGCUUAUGACCAAAAGCCGCCAUACCAUAUAUCCGCCAGCAUUAUAACACGGCCAGAAGAUCAUAUCUUCAUUCCUACCGAUAUCUGGCUCUUGACAAAGAAAUCUACCCAGUGCCAGUGGGCGAGUGAUGUUGAAUCGCUGUUCCGCAACGAAGGCUACAUAACUAACUGGACAACACUACACCAAGCACCACCCAAAUGCAAAUUCAUCGUAUCUCUGCUGGAUCUUGAAGGGUCCGCAAUAGGUUCCCUACCGAAGAAUGACUAUGAGGUAUUCCAACGCUACAUAGAGCAAGCACAGGACUGCCAAAUUCUGUGGGUCACGCAGUCAACCUCUCACACCUGCUUGGAUCCAAUUUUUGGCUUCGUCCAUGGGCUCGCCCGCACUUUACGGGCGGAGCUAUUGCUUGAUUUCUCAAUUCUGGAGGUUCCCACAUGGGAUGCGGCGGGCGCAAGGGCUGUAAUCCAAGUGUGCGAGAAAAUACAGAAAUCCCGUGCGCGCUCCCUUCCCGAUCCAGAGUAUGAGUUUGCUUUGCAUGAAGGCGAGAUUAAGGUCGGCCGGUACCACUGGACACCUCUCGUCGAGCAACUCUCAAGUCCACCUCGGUCAGAUGCGUCCCGAAAGCUGACUCUCACGGCAUACGGACUAUUGGACACGCUACACUGGGCCGAGAAAGAGGCAUCCUAUGAGUUGAAAGAGGGGCAGGUUGAAGUUGAGAUGGACUACGUAGGACUAAACUUCAAAGACAUGAUGGUCGCAAUGGGCUUCUUCGGAAGCAAAGAGGAUCUUGGGCUCGAAGGCAGCGGUAUUGUGCUUCAGGUUGGACUGGACAUCGCAGUGGGGGACCGUGUUGUGUUGAUGCAUUCUGGGGUUCUCGCCUCAAACAUUGUAGUACCUCGAGAAGCUUGUAUAAAACUACCGCAGGGGCUGUCAAUGGCAGAUGCUGCCACGAUGCUAACAGCAUAUGUCACUGUUCUCUACUCACUUCUUGAAAUUGGAGCUUUGAAGAAGGGCCAGUCCGUUCUCAUUCAUUCAGCGUGCGGCGGAGUCGGAUUAGCUGCCCUUCAAGUAUGCCAGGCUGUUCGAACCGAGAUCUAUGCCACCGUCGGCAAUGAUAAAAAGGUAGCCUAUUUGAUGGAGAAUUUUGGCUUACCUCGAGAACGGAUAUUCAACUCACGCAACACGUCCUUCCAACCAGACUUGAUGCGUGCCACCGGUGGACGGGGAGUUGAUGUAGUGCUUAAUUCGUUGUCGGGGAACUUACUCCACGCUUCGUGGGAAUGCGUUGCGAAGUUCGGCCGGAUGGUUGAGCUAGGAAAACGUGACUUCAUAAGUCAUGGAAUGCUCAAUAUGAGCCUUUUCGAGGCCAACCGAGCAUUUUUCGGCGUUGAUCUUGCACAAGUUUGUAAGGAGACACCGGAGAUUCUCACAAGCACCCUGGCAAUAUUUUCAGACUGGUAUAUUCAAGGUAAAAUCGGACCUAUAAAACCUCUCAAAGUCUUUGACGCGCUCGAUAUCGUCAGUGCGUUUCGGUAUAUGCAGGCCGGCACUCACUUGGGUAAGAUUUUGGUUCGUAUGCCAUCCUCGGUGGACACUCUGCCUCCUCCUGUGGUGAAGACAUUCCCGUCAUUCCGACCUGACGCCGCUUAUCUGCUCAUCGGUGGUCUCGGUGGUAUUGGGCGAUCCGUGUCAACAUGGAUGGUCGAGCAGAAUGCGCGAGAGCUCAUCUUCCUCUCGCGGUCAGCUGGAAAAUCCGAUGAGGAUCAAGCAUUUAUUCGCGAACUUGAAGCACAAUCUUGCCGAGUUAUCUGUGUGCCAGGAAAUGUGACGAGUCUUAAGGAUGUGAAGGAGGCUGUUGCCGCGUGCACGCAACCCCUUGCUGGUGUCCUCCAGAUGGCAGUUGACUUGAAUGAUCGGCUCUUUCUACAGAUGAGCUAUGAGGAAUGGGAUGCCGCACUGGCGCCGAAAGUCACCGGAACCUGGAACCUGCAUCAUGCCACAGCGCAACAUUCAUUAGAUUUCUUCGUCGUGUUUGGCUCAAUUGCCGGGGUGUGUGGCAACACUGGCCAGGCCAAUUAUGCUGCAGCAACUACAUUCUUAGAAGCGUUCACCCGGUAUCGACGACAACAGGGACUUUCUUCUUCUAUCUUACACCUCGGCGUGGUUGGAGAUGCGGGUGCCGCAAGUCGCAACUCCCGAUUCCUCCAGAGAGUCCAAUCGAUCGCGCUGCAUGUGCUUCAUGAAGGUGAAGUGAUUGACGGGCUUGCUGCAGCUAUCAAUAUAUCCCCGGUUAGUGGUUCUAAUGCGAGCGGGGCAAUGGCGAUGGGACUCGCGCACACCAGGCGCCGUACCGAUCUCCCCAAGGAAAUCUUCCUUGGUGGACGCGACGCUCGAUUUGCGAUUUAUCCCAACCUUGAGUCUACGAGUGCUGGAACUGGCGGGGAUCAAUCAUCUCAUGCAAAUGCCUUAAAGGCCCUCCUUGCCCAGAUACAAGCAGAUCCCUCGCUGACAGGCAAAAAGGAGACUGAGGUCGCCUUGAUGAGGGAACUGGGCAAAUUUAUCAGCCAUAACCUUACAGGACAGACGCAGGAGCAGGGCCCAGAUUCUGCAGAUGACACUGAGGCAAUGGCCGGUAUGGCAGUGGACUCCCUCAUGGCCAUAGAGGUUAGGAAUUGGCUGCGGAGGUCUCUGGGAAUGGAGAUUCCUACAGUGGAAAUUAACCGAGCAGGUACAUUAGGAGGUUUGGUAAAGGUCGUUUUGAAGGGGCUUGGGGAGAAGUAUGAUCAGCAUGCUACCUAA